UGUUCUCUUUCUUCUUUAUUCACUCCUCUUGUUUUCUGUCCCACUUUUGUUUUGCUGUUUCUCCUCUUCUCUCUCUCCCUUCCCUUAUCUUACCCUCCGUCGUCUUCCUCAUCCACCUCGUAGCUCCUGACAAUGGCCAGGCCACACGAGAUGCAACUUUUGCGCUUCGAGGAUCGCAUCGAACCCACAUGCACCAUCACAGAGGUGGAUUUCUUCUCCCAGGAUCACCGACGGGCCGUCGCCGAAGCCGGAGCUUCUCCUGCUUCACCAAAAGACCAUCAGCGAGUAGAGGAGGAGGAGAAGGAGGAGGAGGAGGAGGAAGACUCGCCGGCUCAUGGACUCACGGGUAUCAACAUUGGAUUGAAUCUUGUGCCGUCGAACGCUCAGGCUGGCCAAUCUGUCAUCGCGGAGAAUGAGAAACCAGAAAACAAGGUGCAGAUCUUGACCCUUCAAAGAGAGUUGAGCCAAGUCAACGAGGAAAACCGGAGAUUGAGAAGCAUGCUGGAUCAGCUCACAAAGAGUUACACCGCCCUGCACACCCAGCUUCUUCAAGUAAUGCAACAAAGGGAAGUCCACGAGAUUCGACGAGGACAGGAUGGCAAGCCCGGUGUGCCAAGUCGAGGAGAACUAUUGGCCCAUCAAUUCAUGGAACCUGCUCCUACUCGCCUGCUGAAUACCGGCCAACGCCAAGACGACGAUGACGGCGAACACUCAUCGUCACGCAAUAAAAACUCUAGCGAUCGAGGCGUCGUCCCAUUUCCGCAAACACAUCUUCCUCACGUAGAUGCCUCCUCGGAGCAUACGUCGCCGAGCUUGGAGGAAGGCAAGAGCCCUAGGCUGAUGCACGAAAGGAGCACCGAUACAGCUUCUGAGGCCCCGUGCCGGCGAGCAAGAGUCUCGGUGCGUGCUCGAUCGGAUGCGCCGAUGAUCAAUGAUGGCUGUCAAUGGAGGAAGUAUGGCCAGAAGAUGGCGAAGGGCAAUCCUUGUCCGCGGGCCUACUAUCGAUGCACUAUGGCCAUCGCGUGCCCGGUUAGGAAGCAGGUGCAGAGAUGUGCGGAGGACAAGACCAUCCUUGUGACCACCUACGAGGGCAACCACAAUCAUCCCCUCCCUCCCGCCGCGACGGUGAUGGCGAAUACCACGUCCUCGGCUGCGGCCAUGCUGCUCUCCGGUUCCACCACCAGCGAGGACUCGCUCAUGGCCCCUGCGGCUGGCAGCUUCUUGCACCCCUCAACCUAUGCCUCCACCAUGGCCGCCCUCUCCGCCUCCGCCCCGUUCCCCACCAUCACCCUCGACCUAACUCAGACUGCGAACCAGCUGCAACUGCUUCAGCGACCGCAACAUCCGGUGGUGCCGCUCUCCAUGUACGGCCUCCCGCAGAAGCUUCCAGGGUUGAUGGUCGGGCCGCAGGCGUCACUGCCGUUCCGCCCGCAGCAGCAGUCGAUGGUCGAGACAGUCACUGCGGCGAUCACAACCGAUCCAAACUUCACCGCCGCCUUGGCCGCCGCCAUCACGUCCGUCAUGGGAGCUCCAGGGACUACCAACGGCGCUAGCGGCAGCAAUGCAACCUCGAUCGGGCCUGCCAUCGUGCCUGAGUCUCCUCAGUGUCCAAAGUCCUGCACCACCUUCUCCAUCAACUAAAAGUGCUGGUGCUGGUGCUGGUGUUUCAUCCGACCCAGGACGAGCAUACUCUGAUACAGCCAAAGAAGGUAUACCUAAAUAGAUAUAUAUACGCAUAAAAAGAGAAAACAAAGAGCUUGAAUUGGAAUGAAUGAUUUUUGUUUCAACAUUUUAAGUUAGUCGGGAAGGCCUGAAAGAUAUUUGUACAUAUUAUAGCUCUGAUCACUAUGAACAAGCAAGCGAUUUCUUCUUUAUUUUCUUUUUGGGACUGUAUAUUGUAUUAACAAAGUAAACAUUAUCAAAUAAAAAAGAUAAUGUAGCAAUAAUGAAGUAAUCCGCAACAACUCUUCAUCAUUUAGUAUUCA